AUGGAGGACAGCCAACCAAGCGACGUCACGUACGUCCUGCACAACUCCACCCUGUACCUCCUACUCUACGCCGUAGUGCAACUGGGACAGUGGCUCCUACGGAUCGUGUGGGCAAACAAGCUAGUCAAGACAUCCUUCCUCAAGUACCACCGGAAAAUUAAAAAGUACUACUGUCAAUACACAAAGUCACCAGAGUACCAGGACAUUACGAAGCAAAUAGAAACAGUCCAAAAGAAAAUUAAAAAAUACAAAAAACUGAUAGAGGCAAAUAAAAAGUCAAACAAAAAUAUGAAUGAAUAUGACUUGUUAAUAUUAAAUGGGAAAUACACGAGGAAGAUUUUGAAGGAAGAAAAAAAUAUGAAUGACUUAAGAAAUUUAUUGGAGCAGGAGAAUCCAGGAGACUAUUUGUUCCAUACAUGCGAUGUCAUUUCGUCACUGGUGACGUCCACCGGUUCCUUCGUCAACAUCGUGCGCACACAGAUAACGGUCGCCCUGCUGUUCCUCUCCCUGAAGUACCUUUCCUGCAGAAACUCGCAGGUGCCCUACGUGCCAGCCGAAACGGACCUCUGGUUCGGAGAGCACUUUAAGAUCGUCUCCACAGAACCUCUCAAGUUUGUUUGUGAAAUCGGACGUAAAGUUGAAAGCGGCUUAAUUCUACGUAGAGUUAUCCCCGUGGAGAGCAACUAA